UAUAUAUAUAUACCUUCUACCUUCACCAUUGUUCCUCUCUUAAACCAAAAUAAAAGCACUUUUUGAAAAGAUACAAGAUCAAAAGUACAAAAAAGAAAAAAAUGGAGCUGAUGAAUAUGGCGUCAAAAGAAACAAGUUAUUGGAUGAUCGCACUACCCGCCGUUUUUGGAACCCAAAACAUGUACGAUGUUUCCAUCUUCGGCUAUCUAAUCCUCGCCGUCGUUUCUCUCUCUCUACUGACGUGGGCUUUCGCCGGAGGCGGUGGUGUUGCAUGGAAGAACGGCCGUAACCGUAUUGGUCGUGUCGCGAUUCCUGGUCCUCGAGGCAUACCAGUAUUCGGAAGUCUUUUCACUCUAAGCCGCGGCUUAGCUCAUCGGUCGUUAGCCGCAAUGGCUUGGAGCCGAGCCAAUACUCAGAUUAUGGCUUUCAGCCUGGGCACCACGCCUGUUAUCGUGGCUUCUGAGCCGAACACGGCUCGUGAGAUUCUGAUGUCGCCUCACUUUGCGGACCGGCCGGUUAAGCAGUCGGCUAAGAGCCUCAUGUUCAGCCGAGCCAUAGGUUUCGCGCCCAACGGGGCUUAUUGGCGCACGUUAAGAAGGAUUGCCUCGACUCAUCUAUUCGCCCCAAAGCGUAUUUUAGCACAUGAAGCUGGACGUCAGCUAGACUGCGCCGAAAUGGUGAAAGCUGUGUCGGAAGAGCAAAACGGCGCUGGAUCCGUCGUUUUGAGGAAACACUUGCAGCUAGCGGCCUUGAACAACAUCAUGGGGAGCGUGUUUGGGAGAAGAUACGACCCUCUGGCUCAGAAAGAGGCUCUUGAUGAGCUUACUUCAAUGGUUAGAGAAGGGUUCGAACUCUUGGGUGCUUUUAAUUGGUCCGAUCAUCUUUCAUGGUUGAGUUAUUUCUAUGAUCCGGUUCGUUUAAAGCAACGUUGCUCAGAACUUGUUCCUCGAAUCAAAACCCUCGUUAAGAAAAUUAUUGAGGAACAUCGAGGAAGUACUAACUCGAAAAAUAAAGGAGAUAUUGGAGAUUUCGUUGAUGUCUUGUUGUCUUUAGAAGGUGACGAGAAGCUUCAAGAAGAUGACAUGAUCGCCGUCUUAUGGGAGAUGAUUUUUAGAGGGACAGAUACAACGGCGUUAUUAACGGAGUGGACCAUGGCUGAGUUAGUACUGCACCCUAACGUGCAAGCUAAGCUAAGGGACGAGAUAAAAACGGUCGUGAGCGACCGAGCAGAGGUGUCAGAUGCUGACCUGACAAAACUCCCCUACUUGAACGCAGUGUUGAAGGAAACUCUAAGGCUGCAUCCUCCUGGACCACUGCUAUCGUGGGCUCGUCUUUCCACGUCAGAUGUCCAGCUCAGCAACGGUAUGGUGAUUCCAAAGGGUACUACAGCGAUGGUCAACAUGUGGGCCAUCACUCACGACCCGACGGUAUGGUCCGACCCGUUACAAUUUAACCCGGAGAGGUUCAUUGGGAAUGCAGACGUGGACAUACGUGGUGGGGAUCUAAGGCUUGCUCCGUUUGGAGCUGGGAGGAGGGUGUGUCCGGGGAAGAACAUGGGUUUAGCUACUGUGACUCGUUGGGUGGCUGAGCUAGUGCGACGGUUCGAGUGGAGUCAAGAUCAGACAAAGCCGGUUAAUCUUAGCGAGGUCUUGAAGCUUUCUUGUGAGAUGGAGCAUCCGUUACGUGCCGUUGUAACGGAAAUAUAUUAAAUUAGGGUUUUUGACCUUUGUCAACCUUAUGUUAUUUUCUAUAUUUGUUACGUUUUUGCUUUGUUUUGUCGAGAGAGGUUUGGAUUGCUUGUCGUGUGGUUUUCUUUUGUUUACAAUUAGUUGAUUUAGCAACUCGGUUUGUUAUGUACGAACGUAGUAUCAUGAUCCUUAAUUAGUAUAUGGGUUUAAAUAAAUGGAUCAGUAACGACUAGUUCAUACUA